GGGGCAGCCUCGCGCCGGCUUUUCGUUUGCUGUGUUGUAAACACUGCUCGGUCGAGAGAUACACGUAUUCGGGGUGGACCUAGGAGUCAAUGAGAACAGGCUAACAUGACUCAGGCUAGCUUUCAAGUAAAAGAUUAGCCGAACUCUCUUUGGACUUACUUUUCUUGGUGAAUUCGGCUUUUCAACCCCCACCCCGUUGUUGUUUUCGUGCGUGAGUGCAUUUCUCAUCGUAGUGCGAGCAGACUUCGUACAUGGGAAGCCGGACGCAUUUGCUGCGGGUAGCUCAAAACGCUUCAAGGUGGCGGACAAGGUUGCAGGAAAGCUGAGUUCUACUCUCUCAUGGGUGAAGAACUCGGUGUCCCACACAGUCAGUCAGAUGGCUAGCCAGGUGGCCACGCCCACAUCCCUGCAGACCACUGCCGCCUCCUCGUCCACAUCGCUUUCCUCGCCGGGCCUCUCUCCAUCCUCGCCAGCGCGGCUCAGUCCUGAUGAGAUGGAGUUGCUUGCCAAGCUGGAGGAACAGAACAGGCUGCUGGAGACUGACAGCAAGUCUCUACGCUCCAUGAACGGCUCCCGGCGAAACUCUGGGUCCUCCCUGGUGUCUAGCUCCUCUGCCUCCUCCAACCUGUCCCACCUGGAGGAGGACUCAUGGAUAAUGUGGGGUCGCAUUGUCAAUGAGUGGGAGGAGGUGCGGAAGAAGAAGGAGAAACAGCUCAAGGAUCUUGUCAGGAGAGGAAUUCCUCAUCACUUCCGCGCGAUUGUGUGGCAGCUGCUGUGCAGCGCCCAGAACAUGCCCAUCAAGGAUCAGUACUCGGACCUCCUGAAGAUGACCUCCCCGUGUGAGAAGCUGAUUCGUAGAGACAUUGCCCGCACGUACCCCGAGCACGAGUUCUUCAAGGAGAAGGAUAGCUUAGGCCAGGAAGUGCUCUUCAACGUCAUGAAGGCGUAUUCCUUGGUGGACCGUGAGGUUGGCUACUGCCAGGGAAGUGCCUUCAUUGUUGGCCUGCUACUCAUGCAGAUGCCAGAAGAAGAGGCUUUCUGCGUGUUUUUCAAGUUGAUGCAAGAGUACAGGUUACGGGAGCUCUUCAAACCCAGCAUGGCCGAGUUGGGACUGUGCAUGUACCAGUUUGAGUCCAUGAUUCAGGAGCAGCUCCCGGAGCUGUAUGUGCAUUUCCAGGCUCAGAGCUUUCAUACCUCCAUGUACGCCUCCUCCUGGUUCCUCACCAUCUUCCUCACCUCUUUUCCUUUGCCGUUUGCCACGAGGAUCUUUGACAUCUUUAUGUGCGAGGGAUUGGAAAUAGUUUUCCGCGUGGGACUGGCCAUUCUUCAGAUGAACCAGGCAGAACUCAUACAGCUCGACAUGGAGGGAAUGUUACAGCACUUUCAGAGAGUCAUCCCACACCAGUUUGACAGUGGACCUGAUAAGGUCAUCCAGGCUGCAUAUCAAGUUAAAUACAAUGCUAAGAAGAUGAAAAAGUUAGAAAAGGAAUACACUACGAUCAAAACUAAAGAGUUGGAGGAACAGGUGGAGAUAAAGAGGUUGCGGACAGAGAACAGGCUUCUAAAGCAGAGGAUAGACACGCUGGAGAAAGAAAGUGCUUCCUUGGCAGAUAGAUUGAUUCAGGGACAAGUAACUCGAGCUCAAGAGGCGGAGGAAAACUACCUGGUCAAGCGGGAGGUGGCCACACUCAAACAACAGUGCGAGGAGGCCAGUGCUCAGCUGGAGCAGGCCAAGAAAACCAUCAGGCAGCUUCAGCAACAGUCACAAGCGAAAGGACCCUCUCAGUUCUCUGAGGAGUCCGUCCUUCAGCUGGAGCGAGAGCUCGUGCAGGCCCGGCUGAAGGACGCGGAGUCCCAAUGUGCGCUCAAGGAAAUGCAAGACAAGAUUCUUGAAAUGGAGAAGAGGAACUCAUCGCUGCCAGAUGACACUAAUGUGGCUCGACUGCAAGAAGAGCUGAUCGGAGUGAAGCUGAGAGAAGCUGAGGCUGUGACUGGACUGAAGGAGCUGAAACAGCAGGUCCGUAAUCUGGAAGAACAUUGGCAGCGCCACCUGGCUCGCACUGCUGGUCGCUGGAAAGACGGCCCCAAGAGGAACACGCUGAGUGAGCUGCAGGACGAGCUGAUGAGUGUGAGGCUGCGAGAGGCAGAGGCCCAAGCUGAGCUUAGAGAGACCAGACAAAGGAUGCUGGAGCUGGAGACCCAGAAUCAGAUUCACAGCAACCAGCUGCGACGGGCGGAGCAGGAAAGCCGCUGUCUCCAGGAGCGCGUCCAAGCUCUGACAUCACAGAAUAAAGACAUGCACGUUCAACUUCAAGAGAUUAAACGGAAACAAGCUGAGAUCGAGUGCAAGAGUAAGGAGGAGGUGAUGGCUGUGAGGCUGCGAGAAGCGGACAACAUUGCUGCUAUGGCUGAACUCCAGCAGCACAUUUCAGAACUGGAGAUUCAGAAAGAAGAAGGAAAGGUCCAAGGCCAGCUGAACCACACAGACUCCAGCCAGUACAUUCGCGACCUAAAGGACCAGAUAGAGGAGCUCAAACACGAGGCGGAUUCAGAUUUGCUGCUUAAAGGGCCAGAGGGGCUUGCCGGGCCAGCCCACGUUUGAUGGGAUCCACAUUGUCAAUCACUACACAGGCGGCGUGGACGACGCUUACCGGUCCUCUGACGAGGACGGCGCGGCGCCCCCACAGCAGAGGGGCCGCAGGCUCAUCAGACUGCACCCCGCCCUGGGGGACUCGGACAGCGAGGAGGACGGGGAGACUCUGCGGCUCACCGUGCCGCAGAACAACCACAAGUCCACCACCGUGUGAUCUGCCCCAGCUUGGCCAGACAGGGGGCGGUGUGGGGGGUUUCCAGCAGAAAUUUCAAGCGAGAUCUGAAGCGUAGCUCUGGAUUUCAAGGAGGACAUGUUCUACAUCAUGUGAAUCCCAAAUUCAGUUCUGUUUACCACCUUCCACCCUUUGGUAUCUUGGAAAAAGAUGGUGGUUCUGGAUUCUUGGAGAAACCACGCAGAAAAUAUCAAAGACAGUGAAAAAAUCCCCCCAAGCCUUACUUUUGGUACAACACAGAGAAAUCUGUGCAAUAAAACCUUUUUUACACACUUCAUCUGAUGGGUUUUUAUAUUUUAUAGCAUUUUAUAAAUGAGUAUCACGCGUAAGAUGCCGUUAUAUUGUCGCGUGUGUUUGUGAUCUUAAAGCUGCUUCUGUGAGCCGGCGUGGACCGGAAGGUCGGCGCCGGCUCACACAUUAUAUUUCUGCAAACAUGUAAAUAUGUAAAUGUGUUUAUUUUUCUCACCCAUAUUCUGUCUGUACUUGAAAAAAAACCUGUAUACACAUUAUAUCCAUGAAGGUAUUGUAAAACUGAGAGAAAGGGAUUAUACGACAAGAGCUGCCAACAAAGCGUUGUUUUGUGAGUCGAGCGAGUUCCUGUCAGAGGUCCGUGUGUGUUCAGAGCAGGAAAGAUGCAGAUUUAUGCUUCUCUGAAACAUGACUUCAUCGUCUUGAUGAGAAGAGAGGAGAGUGUGGCUCACUUUGCUCCUGAGUCAAACGUGUUGUGUAGUUUGGGCACAAAUGGAUGAUGGUCCUGCGGGACUUUAAACUGAGAGAAGAGGAUUUGCCUCCCUAAAGAUGCUGCAAGUUGCAAAAAGUCCUCUUCUGAGCGUCAGCCGCACUAAAAAGAGUCUGCAAAGCUUCUCGUGGAUGUUUGCAGCAAACGGAUUCUGGCUCGGACUGUUUGCACUUUUGUGCAGACAGAAACAUGGCGACACCUUGUCUUUGUCUUGCACUCUGAUGAAAUCACGACAUUUUUUUGUUCUCAAUAAAACCUUUGCUAAAG